GAGUCCUGACAGAUUCACUUCCGGACAUUCUGCUGGGGGCGUGUUGUGGGUUUUUAUCUAUUUUAGCAUGCACGGAGAGAAUAAGUUCUGAUAAUGGCUCUCAGAGCAGCAGUGGGCUGUACCGUGACGUGGGUGCUCGUGGAUGUUGUCGUCACCACUGUCCUGUACGCGCACGGAUCACACUUCACCGUGUUCGUGGACGAGGCUCUACACUUUAACAUCUUGGAGUCAGCUCUGGACCUGUGGGGGACUGUCCUGCUCCGAGCCUGCCUCCUCCUGGGAGCCUCCAUAGGGGUGUCAUGGAGCAGGGAGGAGGGGCCACGCAGGGUCACGAAGGUCACCACCCCUGUGGUGCUGGUCUGCCUGACCAUGAUCACCUACACUCUGGCCAAGCUGCUGAUGCUGAGCGAGGUGGAGCCUCUGAGCCGUCAGCCGUGGUUCCUCAGCUUGGUGUUGUGGACCUGCGCCUCCUCUCUGGGGGUUCUGUCGUUGUGGAGGCUCCUGGGGAAGGAGUAUGGCGGCAGCAGCAGAGAGGGAGACUCUGAGGAGGUUGAGAAGCUGGUGGAGACAUCUGGGGAGGAGGAGGAGGAGGUAGGAUGCAGGCGGCUAGAGGAGAGCGAGCAGGAGCAAGAUGAGAGGAGCAGCUCAGGAGCCACACUGCGACGUCUGCUGUCCUACUGUUGGAAUGAUGUGGGUCUGCUGUCCAUAGCCACGUUCUUCCUCCUCACCUCUGCAGUUUGUGAAGCCUUCGUGCCAUACUACUAUGGGAAGGCCAUAGACAGCAUUGUGGUUCAUCAGAGCAUGGAACACUUUGCUAAGCCUGUGAUCACACUGUCAGUCCUGGCCUUGGUCAGCUCUUUUGCAAUGGGAGUGCGUGGAGGUGUUUUUACAUUGACUUUUGCCAGAUUAAACCUUAGACUCAGGGACCAUCUCUUCAGAACACUAAUGAGACAGGAAAUUGCCUUUUUUGAUGAAAAUCAUACAGGUGACAUCCUUUCCCGUCUGUCGGCUGACACCACCCAGGUGAGUGACCUCGUAUCUCAGAAUAUCAAUGUCUUCCUGAGAAGCGCUAUCAAGGGUGCUGGCUUCUUCAUCUUCAUGUUCAGGAUGUCAUGGAAGCUCUCACUGGUGACAGUAAUGGGAUUCCCUUUCAUUGCCCUUGUUUCCAGAGUUUAUGGCAAGUACUACAAGAAAUUGACCAAAACUGUACAGACGACCCUUGCAGAAGCCAAUAAAGUUGCUGAAGAAACGAUCUCAGCCAUGAAGACGGUGCGGAGCUUUGCCAAUGAGUGUGGAGAGACCGACUCUUAUUACGCCAAGCUGUUGGUCAUGUUCCAGCUCAACAAAAAACAAGCUCUGGCCUAUGCCUGCUACAUGUGGUCUAGUUGUAUAUCAGAGCUUGCUCUUGAAGUAGCAGUCCUCUACUAUGGCGGUCAUCUUGUGGUCACAGGUCAGAUGAGUAGCGGUGCUCUGAUAGCGUUUUUCAUAUACAUGCUCGAACUGGGAGAGUGUCUUGAGAACAUAGCGUCUGUGUACACAGGCCUCAUGCAGGGUGUGGGAGCUGCUGAGAAGGUUUUUGAGUACUUGGACCGGAAACCCAAACACCCAGCUGAAGGUGAAGAGGCUCCGGAAACAUGCCACGGUCUGGUGGAAUUUAAAGACAUCACGUUUGCGUACCCAACACGGCCUGAGAUUGAUAUUCUUAAGGGAGUGUCAUUCACUCUGUGGCCUGGGAAGGUGACAGCCCUCGUGGGGCCUUCAGGCAGUGGAAAGAGCUCCUGUGUGAGUCUGGUGGAGAACUUCUACCUCCCCCAGCAAGGUGAAGUGCUGCUGGAUGGAAGACCUGUCCAUAGCUUGCAUCACGACUACCUGCACUCCAAGGUUGCACUUGUAGGCCAAGAGCCUGUGCUGUUUGCACGUACGGUCAAGGAAAACAUCACCUAUGGUCUGUCCAACAUCUCCACAGAGGCGGUGGUUCAGGCAGCCAUAAAGGCUAAUGCUCAUGAUUUCAUCACCACCCUCCCCAAGGGCUACGAUACAAGUGUUGGAGAAAAAGGCACCCAGUUAUCAGGGGGACAAAAACAAAGAGUGGCCAUUGCAAGAGCUCUCAUCCGCAACCCACGUGUCCUUAUCCUGGACGAGGCGACCAGCGCGCUGGACACAGAAAGCGAACACAUUGUUCAGCAGGCCCUGAACAACAUCAUGCAUGAGCACACAGUGCUGGUCAUCGCCCAUCGACUGAGCACGGUGGAGAAAGCAGAUAACAUCAUUGUGAUUGACAAGGGUCGUGUAGUUGAACAGGGGUCUAACAGUCAGCUGAUGGCCAGUGAGGGACUCUACUAUAAGCUGGUGCAGAGGCAGGUCCUGGGCAUCGAGACAGGACAGGAGGUCCUCAACCCAACCGAAAACCUCUGCUGGAGACCCAGUAGACGAAAACAGCGGCGGACACAAAGUACCAGCAGCAGUGGCAGUGAGCCAGACUGCAGCACGCGCUACUGACAGGGAACUGUGUGAACACGUCAUUAAAGCGUUGUUUUUCUUUUGUCAAAGUGGAAAACCACUGUAGACUUUUCAAUAUUUAAAAAUGACAAAUCAAUGGUUAUAGUGACAGCCAGUCACCCUUGGUGAGGGUUAGCAUGACAGCUUGAAGUCAAAGAUUGAAUAUCAUACUGCUAUAAAUCAUUGGGUUUGAAAUAGCCAAGGUAUAUGCAGUAAAUGACUAGAUAAAUGGUCCACCCACAAUGAAUGCUAUCAACUUGUAACUCAUCAAAGGGGCAUGUGAUGACAAACCCUAUCACAUCUUUUAAAGUUAAAGAUCAGUUAGGAGGGGUUGGGUGUGGGCGCGGGUGGGGAUCAGUU